AUUCCAGGCUCUCCCCAAUUCUAAGCGAGACGGGGCACAAGAAGAGGAGAGCCUAAAACCCCAACCCCCCGAAUCGGAUCCCACCGCCGGAGCGCGGAACCCCGCCCCGGCCGUCAUGGAGAUGGGAGGGAUGAGCGAUGCGGAGCGGCUGUUCUUCUUCGAGAUGGCCUGCAAGAACUCCGAGGUCGCGUACGAGCAGAACCCCAACGACGCCGACAACCUGACGCGGUGGGGCGGCGCGCUGCUGGAGCUGUCGCAGGUGCGAACCGGCCCCGACAGCCUCAAGCUUCUUGAAGAUGCGGAAGCCAAACUGGAGGAGGCACUUCAAAUUGAUCCCAACAAGUCCGAUGCACUCUGGUGCUUGGGAAAUGCUCAGACCUCUCAUGGAUUCUUCACUCCAGACAAUGCACUCUGGUGGACACGGAACAUGGCUCUGUACCAUGUUCCUGAUUCUUUCAAGGCAAUCAAUGAUGAAGGCAUGCCCAUGUAUCAGAGGCCCUUCAUGAAGGGCAAGCUGUACAUCCACUUCUCGGUGGAGUUCCCGGACUCGUUGAGCCCGAAGCAGUGCAAGGCCCUGGAGGCUGUUCUCCCGCCCAAGCCAGUAUCAUAG